GGGGAACAGCGAAAGAACAAAAUGGAGGAAUAUGCCAGAGAACCAUGCCCCUGGAGGAUUGUGGACGACUGUGGAGGAGCUUUCACCAUGGGAGCUAUUGGAGGAGGAAUAUUUCAGGCGGUAAAGGGCUUCAGAAAUGCACCUUCAGGGAUGAGCCACAGAAUGAGGGGUAGCUUGACUGCCAUCAAGACUCGAGCCCCACAGCUUGGAGGUAGCUUUGCAGUAUGGGGAGGCCUCUUCUCCAUGAUUGACUGUGGUUUAGUAAAAGUGAGAGGGAAGGAGGAUCCCUGGAACUCAAUAACAAGUGGCGCCAUGACAGGAGCUAUUCUCGCUGCAAGAAAUGGACCAGUUGCCAUGGUUGGCUCUGCAGCCAUGGGAGGUAUUCUGCUGGCAUUAAUAGAGGGCGCUGGAAUCCUACUGACUAGGUUUGCCUCUUCACAGUUCCCAACUGGGCCCCAGUUUGCAGAGGAACCUGCCCCUUCCUCCAUGCCCGCCCCUUCCUUUGGAGACUACAGACAAUAUCAGUGAUAUUACUCCCCACUUCUUUAUCCACUAGGCCUUUUUGAAUUCCUUGAUGAAGUUACAAAGAAGAAAUGGAGAUGCAAACAACACACAAGUCACAACUGCACCCAACUACAUGGACUGUCGGAGAAGUGAAAGACAAAACAUAUGUUCAUUUUCCUUCUUUCAAGAGCCAUGUACAGAUCUGCCUUUUGCCAUUCUCAGCCUUGUCAUGUGCAUCAGUUUCACCUAACAGUGGUCAAAUACAGACAUGUGGUGAGAGUUGCUUGAUAUUUGUGGGCUUGUGGGGACGAGGUGUGCUUUUUUUAUUUUACAGUGUGUGCUGCAUGUAUCCUGACAGACGAGCUCUGAUAGUGUUGAAUAUAGCAAAAACUCAUGUCACACAUGGAACAUAAUAAAUUAUAUGAUACUUAUGUCUAUAGACAGUAGAGUAUUUCCGCUUGCAUUCAGUUAUGUUUGUCUUUUUUGCCUUUAAUAUGUCAAAUAUUAAAGGCAGCAAUGCUUAGCUGGCCUUUGUAUUUGAUUUUAUUCACACUUAUGAAGGCAAACAUCGAUCAGACACAAUGUCAUUCCCUGAAUAUUAGUUUGUUUUAAAGUGAUCUAUUUAUUUUAUAAUGUAAACAAUUGUAUCAGAUUGUUCUAUUUUAUGUGACAGUGAUUUUACAUUCAACAAAGGUGUAGAAAAGCUGCAUGACAAAGGAUGGCACGGGCAGUUCAAGUAAAUGGAGAAAGCAAGGGAUUGAUACAUACGGUAUAAAGUCUGUAUGACAGAUUGUACUAUGGUACAAUAAAGAAAUAAGUUGUAAAGUG